AUGUCCAUAGAGCUAGCGCAUGACAAAAGAACAUGGUUGGUCGCUAUCGCGGCCGCUGGUGCUAUAAGUUUGUGGUUGUUCCCUCAUUAUCGACGACUUUUGUAUACGUUUCCGCGAGAUGUCAGGUAAGGUGUAAUAAUAAAAAAAUAACCCGCUUACCUUUACUUCUAAUAAAAAAAUUUUAGAGCCAUCAGCAAGUUAUUGUACGUAAAGUACAUAAUUGGUAAAGCCCAAAAGCGAAACAAACCAAUAACUCAUUAUUUUGUGGAAAUUGUUAACCAAAAUCCAGACAAAAUAGUAGUAGAAGAGAUUGAAACUGGCAGAAAAUUCACUUUGAAACAACUCAAUGAACUGGCUAAUCAAUAUGCUAAUUACUUUUUGGUAAGUCCUGUCUACUCUGUCUUCUCUACCCUCUAAAUUAACUUAACCCUACCCCAAAAAUCAUGCCUAACGUCUAAAAUUUCAGUCAAAAGGCUACAAGCAAGGUGACACAGUCGGAGUAUUUCUGGAAAAUUCCGCCGAUUACAUUGCUGUAUGGGUAGGACUAGCCAAAGUAGGUAUUCAUACGGCUUGGCUCAAUAUCAACAUCAAAUUAGAACCCCUUCAACAUUCAAUUACAUCCGCAAACUGUAAAGCUGUCAUUACUAGCAAAAGUUUGUUACAUGGUAAGUGAAUUGACACAAAAAUCGAAAAAAGUCAAAAAAAAUUGAAAAUUCGAAGAAAUAUUAAAAAUAAUGUUAUGGUCGCGAACUGGGCCGGUUUCUUUUAGUAUCAUGAUCAAUAUGCUUUCAAAAGCUUUUUAAAAUAAUAUUCUAAGUACACAUGCUCUUUUUGUUACCUAUUCAUUCACUAUUAAUUAGGUUUUUAAACUUUUAAACAGUAUUUUUUUGAAAAAGUUGUGUUGAGGAUGUUACCCAUGAUUCAAAACGUUUUUUAUUAAAAGUUAGGUUGGAUUCAAGACUUCUUAUGUUUAAACUUAAACUAAGCACACUAUUUUCUUAAUUUUAAACAUCAAUAUUGCCUAAAAGGGCUUUCUUUGUUGAUUCCUUGUCUCGUAUUUUACCCAUUUACUGGUCUUCUUCAAGCAAAUUCCACCAAAAACGAGCUAAAAUAUUGUCCAUAACAAAAUUUUUGAAAAAAUAACGAAAAUUUGGUUGCGGAUGCGGGUUAGAAGCUGAAAACAGGCAAAUAAUGAAAGAGUAAGUAAUAAUAACGUAUUUAUAUCUAAAAUAUUAAUUUACAAAAAAAUUGAGACCAAAAAAACCAUAAAAAGAAUAGAAAAUAAGCCUAAAACUCGGUCGAAAAUUAUUUUUCAGUUUUUUCGAACUUUUGACACUUCGUCUCCAAUUUUUGAAGUUUUUGACACUUCGUUUUUAUUUUCUUCAAUAUUUUUUAGGUACAAACAUUCCCUAAACUCUAAAUCUCAUUAUUUUCAGUAAUCGACGAAGCCCGUGAAGCCGACUGUCUCUCCACCGACCUUCCAAUCUUCACCAUCGACCAAACUAACUCAACAUACGCUACGGACGUCAGUGGCGUAAGAACUGACAUAUCCGAGCCACCCGAGGCUGAUAUUAACUUUUCGUCAGUUUUGUCCUACAUUUACACAAGUGGUACUACUGGGAAUCCAAAGCCAGCAGUCAUUAAGCAUUUCCGAUACUUUUGGAUAUCAACCUUGUCUGGAAAUGUUUGUGGGCUUCGGAACGAUGACACAGUUUAUGUAUUUCUGCCAAUGUACCAUUCAGCUGGGGGGAUAUUGGGGGUUGGACAGUUGGUGGCUAGAGGUAGGGUUUUUUAUUAAUUUUUUGGUAAUGUAGUACUGCUUUUGUUAAGAUCUUAGUUUUUGUAAAAUAGUACUAGUUGUGUGAGAUUAGUACCAUUCUUCUUAAAAUAGUACUAUCACUUUCAGGCUGCAAGCUAGUAGUACGAAAGAAGUUCUCCGCCUCAAACUUCUGGUUAGAUGUCCGGAAGUACAAUUGUACUGUAAGUCAGUACAUUGGAGAAGUAGCCAGGUACUUGGUAGCCAAAAAACCAUCUCCAGAAGAUUCCCAUCACCCUCUUCGAGUAUUAUAUGGUAAUGGGCUGCGGAAAGAAAUUUGGCAAGAACUUGUUGACCGGUUUAAGGUCAAAAGGAUUAGCGAGUUUUAUGGUAGUACUGAAGGGAAUGCCAAUGCGGUCAAUUUGGAUGGUACUAUUGGGGCUUGUGGUGUCUUGCCGCUACCUCAGUGGAUUCAGAAGCAUGCUACCGUGGCUGUUUUGAGAAGUAAGUGUGGGUGCAGGGUAGGAUAAGAAGGGUAGUUUACUAUAUGGUACGGCUGGGUAAUUUAUAGUAAGGUAAAGUCGGGAAAGGUACAGUAGGGUUGGUUAGGGUAUGAUAUACAACCAUAAGCCGAGAUAGACUAAUCUAAGCUACUGUAACUUCAAACAACAUAAAAUUUUCAAAUUUAAAAGCUAUUUUCAGUCGACAAAGACUCAGGCGAAUUCCUUCGAAACAAGGAAGGCUUGUGUAUAAAGUGUCAGCCAGGAGAACAUGGUCAUCUUAUUGGACUUAUUAGAGCUAAUGAUAAGUUGAACAGCUUUGAAGGCUACAUGAACAAGCAGGAAACUGAAAAGAAGUUGGUACGAGACGUCUUUGUCAAAGGAGAUGUCGCCUUUGCGAGUGGAGACUUGUUCUUGUGGGAUGAGUAUGGAUAUCUUUACUUUAAGGUAGGGGUUGAAAGUCUUUUGAAAAUUGAUUUUUUUUGAAAUUUCAAAUUUUAUGGCAUUUUAGGACCGUCUAGGAGACACUUAUCGCUGGAGAGGUGAAAACGUGAGCACAACUGAAGUUGAGAGCGUUUUACAGCCAGUAAAAGAGAUAGAAGAUGCUGUUGUUUAUGGUGUUGAAGUUAAAGGCAGAGAAGGGCGAGCUGGCAUGAUCAGUGCAACUGUUUAUGAUGGGGUUGAUGUUAAUGUAGGUUUUUUUUGUCUACUGUUAAUUUUGGUCUUUAUAUUGCGCCUUAUCUUACCCUACUUUUCUAUUCACUACUGUACUUCACCCUACCUUAUCCUAACAUACCCUACUCUACCCUACUCUACCUUACCCUACCCUACCCCACCCUAGCCUACCCUACCCUAGCCUACCCUACCCUACCCUACGCUACCCUACUCUACCCUACACUACCCUACUCUACCCUGUCCUACUCUACCCUACCUUACUCUACCAUAUCCUAGUGUACCCUACCCUUGCUUACUUCAUCUUACCUUACUCGACCCUACGCUGCUCUACCUUAUCUUACCCUGCCCUACUCUACAAUACUUUAUCCUACUCUAACUUAACCUACCUUACCUUAGUCCACAUUACGCUAUUUUACUUUACCGUACCCUUCUUCAUCAUGCUUUACCCUGCCUUACAAUGCUUUCUUUUACCCUACUCUACCCUUCCUUUACUUUUGCCUUACUCGUGCACUUAUAUGUAGCUACAGUGGCUUGUUAUUUCUCAAGAAACCUAACUUAACUUUUAGUUUGUUUUACUCUAACCUUAUUCUUAUUACUUACAAAAGAGUGCCUCAACCUCUCUUCAGACAGUGAUAACCCACAUAGCCGAACGAGUAGUUUCCCGUCUGCCCAGCUAUGCCAUUCCCCUGUUUCUUCGAAUUUGUAAAGAAGUGGAACGUACUGGCACAUACAAGCUGAAGAAGAAUGUUUUGAGAGAUCAAGGGUUUAAUCCAGAUGAAUGUGAUGGUGAUGGUUUAUAUUACUUUGAUGCUGCUGCAAAGCUUUACAAAAAACUUGAUUAUCAAAUGUAUGAUGAAAUACAGAGUGGGAGGUACAACAAGAUAUAA